AAAGGAAACACCCGCAGUAGUGGCGAGUGGUGCCCAUGCGAAUGUCGCCUCGUCAGAAGUAGGGGUGGCUUCAAGGGCGGCCCAAUUCAAGUGCAACCCUGAGCGAUAGGACCUUUUUCCAUCUGCGAGUGGGGCAAGAGAUGCGUCGCUACCUGGAAACUGCAGGUCAAAGCUGGGAAAUUAAGACUGGAAGAUAGUCUACAACCAGAUGGCACAGGGGGAAAGGAGAGAAAGCUUGCGGCAAAUUCUGAAGGAGGUACUCCCUGCUGAGUACGAGGCGUUUGAGGACGAUGACUGUGACAACCUUAUCAGGAGGAGGUUCACUAAGCUUGGGAUGCUCAGGAACGCUGGAGCACUGAAGACCCUGAGGAAUGGGCCAGAUUCCGCUGCCUGAAGCCCUCGUGUGCGCCCUGGAGUCUGCAGCAGAGAAGGGUGUCCAAUUCAAACCCAAAUCCAAGCGCUCCAGAGGAUGCUUCGCAACAGCAGAGAUUGGGGUUCUUACAAAGGGUCUGGUAAAAAGAAGGAAGCUUGAGCUCGAGCAGGCCGGACAAGCGGGAGAGGGUGUCUUUGAGGCUGGGUGGAGCAUCCUGCCGCAGGCAGAACCUCUGGGUACAAGGGAUAUGCGGUUUCUGGUGGUGAAGGCACAGGAGAAGCUCGGAGUUGCAGUCAUGGGGCGCUCUCAUUUCAGGGCCCUCGUAGACCGUGCACUUGCGCUGAUUAACGCAACUCUAUCGCGCGGUGGGUUGGCGCGCGGUGGGAAGAGGAUCCUUAUGCACGGGCCUGCAGGGUUUGGCAAGACGCACCUCCUUCUGCAACUGAUCGUCUACCUUACAGCAGCAUUGGACGGAACGGGAAAGCGCGUGGCCCCCAUGUUGGACUGUGCGUACUUUAAGGCAGACAGAGUUGAGGCCAUGAAGCAGGCCCUUGCAUGGGCAUACUCGGGGGAGGAGGAGAUUAUAGACAAGAUUGCAAGCCUCGACUCGAUGGAGUCAGUGAAGGAAUUCCUCAAUGGGCGGGAGGAGGAAUUGCUCUUCUGCCUGGACCAGUACCAGGAGCUGGGAACGGCCAAAGAGGAGCUGGAUGCGUGCCUCUAUCACUUCAGAACAAUCGUGGUAACAAGCGCGGGGGAAGAGGAGCUCAGAAAGGAGAGUGACACCCUACACAAGCUGGCCAGCAUGUUUCCGGUGCACAGUGGUCUGAGUGAGGAGGAGCAAAUGUCCUAUAAUCUCAUGUACGGGACAGACUGCUCGACCCCGGCUGUCCAACAGCUUGUGAUGGAAAAGUUGGAGGGAGUAGCAGGGUGCCUUGCGGAUUGGCAUGAGGCCUAUCAUGGAAGAUCUCCGGAGAACUACUCCGUUCCCAAAGUCUUCGGUGCAAGCCCAACUUUUCAAGUGCGGUGCUUGGAACCGGUCAAGGAAGGAGAACCUCUGAGCAAGCAUGAUGGGAUCGGGGCUGCCGAGGUCCUGCGAGAUGGUCGGACCCUCAAUUCCGGGCCCACGGGCAGUGAGGCGCGGCAAUCAGAAACGCCUGGCAGCGUUACGAAGGGCGAGGCGCAGGGGGAAGCGUGCGAGAGUGGGGAGGGGGGCAAAGAGCGCGCACCGGGUUUGAGAGCGGCUCAGGCGGACCGGGAGGAUUUGAUCGAGGCGGACUCGGCUGCCUCCCAGAGAAAGGCCUACGAAGCGACCGUGAAAGCGCUUCGGCAGGCUGCGGGCCCUGAGGCGCUCGAGGAGGCUGGGCCGAGCACAGUAGAUGCAGGCGGGGCCGGGGCCAUCAAAUCGGAAGGGCACCGCGAGAAGGAGGUGGCUGAGGGUGAGCAGACAAGUGAGAAGGCGGAGCGUGACUGGGAGGCCUGGGAACGGUUCUUGGAGUGCGAUAGGGUGGUGCAGAUAACCAGGAGCUUGGAGCAGAUUUACGACAGGGUCAAGGCGGAGGGGGGGCAGAAAGUGCAGAAGUGGCUGGCUCAGAUGAUGAAGAUGGUCUGCAGCGACUCGUUUGUGGGUUUUGAACUGACUAAAUGGGAGGACAUCGAUUUGCGGAAUGUGGCAGUCGAGGGCCUCAAAGUGCGGCCAGCAUUCCCGCUGGUGCGAGAAGCCAUUGCGCACUUUGUGGAGCAGGUGCAAGGCCGGGCUGUCUUCUACAGCGACGUGAGAGUUUGGGCCACUCUGAUGUCCGAGCUUGAAGGGGAGCGGGUACCAGCGGUGGCUGGGUUGCUGGCGGAACGCUGCGCCAUUGGCGCGAUCGUGGACGGGGGAGGCUACAAGGCAGUACUUCAGCAGGCGGAUGCGCAGCAGGUCAAGCUGGUGUUCUUUGAGCGCGAUGCAGAGAGGCCUGCGGUCCUGACCGAGUUGACGGAGUUCCAGAAGAGCGGAUUGGAGACACGGAUUGCCUGCUUCGUGCCCCGGACCCCGUUCUACCCCGCCAUGGAUAUGGCCAUCGUGGUGUUCAAAAGGCAAGAUCAGCAGCUUGGCUCAGUGGAGCGCCUCACUAAAGUUCAGAUGACACUCCAGUCUGCGGAGGAGCAUGGACGUUCGAGCCAAACGGCAAUGCACAUCAGCAACGUCAAGCCGUGGCUGGGCGACACAGAGCUGGAGUCCGUAAAGAUGGCCUUCUGCUACAUCGUCCCGGGUGGUCUGGUCGCGGGUGGGCUUUCCCCAUACAUCAAGCAAAAGCCAGCGCAACUGGGGAGCUCACGUGCACAAGCAGGGUCUGUACAAAUUGUUGCACACCAUCACAUUGAAAUAGCGUUUGGCGAUCUAGAUCCAAGGCUAGGACUGGUGGACAAGUGGAAGCGGGGGGGAAGCUAGGCUGGUACCAGCGAGAACUGUCAAGGGCCGCAAUGCAUGCUCUUGGUCCCAUCAGUGCUGGGUAAGGGGUGAGGUGGGGCCUUCGUCGGGGCCACACCCGACCCAACGGCCCCUGCGCUUCGCUUCUAAUGGGCCGGGUGUGGCGCAUUGGUAGGGAUACUUUUGCUCGUCUUGUGAGCAAUUCUGGGGGAUAUCUUUCUGCAGAUUCUCGUUUUUGGAGUUUACCUUGAUGAAAAGUUUCAUUCCUGCAACUGGCGAUUUCUGUACAAUCUGAAGCAGCUCCACG